AUGUGUAAUGGCAAGGAAGAACUGCUACGAAAUAAACGGGUAUUAAAAGUUGCACAAAUAUAUUUCAAUGAUUUCAAAGAUAUCAUCCAUGAUGCUGGGCUGAUAACUUAUCAAUUGAGCAAAACAUUGAUCCAGUCAUGGAUCACGAAAAUCACCCGGUUUCCCAAAAAUGUUGUCGAAUUGUCCGUUGAGGAAUUUAAAUAUUUCUUCGAUUUUGGAUCAGUACCGGAUGAUUUUGACUAUUCUUUUUUGAUGAUGUAA